AUGAUGCUGUCCUCAGUCCUAAUCGUCUUCCUGCAGCUCUGCAGCCUCCAGCUGAUUGUGGAUUCCAGGCCAACCUGUCGGCUGCAGGGCGACCUCGUCAAGUCUGCCCACGACCAGCUCAGGGACUUGGGGGGGGAGUUUCCUAUCCACUGCCUGCCUUAUAAUGCAAACAUCUCCUUUCCAAGCUCCGCCCUCACUCCCGCAGCCAAUCACCUUCAGUGCGGUCGUGUUUUAAGUAUGGUGAACGAGUCUCUGUGGGAGGCGGGGCAAAUGUUCGAUGAUCCUGACGCUACUUUCCCCACCACCUGGGACGAAGACAAACUUGACCUCUUCCUGAGUCUGCAGGACCGAAUCAUGAGAGGAGCAAGCUGUUUGUCAAGUGGCUCCAGUGUUUUAACGCCUUACUUCCAAAGUGUGGCCGCUGUUGUGAAGCAGCAGGAAAGUUCUGACUGUGGCUGGAUGGCUUUGAGGAGAGAUUUGCUGCUGUUCCUGAAAUCCAUCCUGCAGACCCACCAUUCCUGCUUCACAUGGAGGUCUGCAUCCAACAAAAGAUUGUAG